AGUUUAGCACUUUGCAACAUGAUCCGUGCACACCACGGAGAGGCCGGGCUCUGCGGUCCUGCGUCCUGCCAUCCCACCGCACCACAUGGAGACUGACUAGAGCCUCAGUGAACGGGGAAUGAUAAGGAAAGAAGGUGGACCGUUUUCCUCUGUCGGCUGGCUAUAUGAACCCGCACAGCAUCAGCUGCUCCUGACAAAGCAAAGGCAAACACAGAGGAUGAGGCUGACGGAAAGUAACACUGCUGGAGCUUAUUGCGGUCUGCGUCAAACCUCUCGCUGCUUCAGGAGAUGAUGCCCCCGGUGCCUCUUAAAGGACUUUCUGGGUUUAUCAUUUGAUUUUUGAACACCCAUGCUGCAGGGGUCCAUGUUAGUAUCUCGGGGUAAACAUCCAGCAGGGACAGUGAUGGCCACCCCAUAUCCAGCCGCCCAGUCACUCUCUGCAUCUGCAUUGUAAGGAGAAACUCGUCCUGGGGGAGUGGGAUUGUGAAGGAAUAUGCAGAGAUAGAAACAGCAGGUUUUUGUUUGUUGAAUCCAAACCAGACAGAGCCAUAACUGGAUUUAGCGGGUGUUGUUGUGUACCGACAUGAACUCUCUGUUUUUCUCCGACACUCCGCCCGGUCCGGUCCCCACCGGGUCGGGCGCGGUGACCAGCGCCCUGCGAAACGACCUGGGCUCCAACAUCCAUGUGCUGAAAACCCUCAACCUGCGGUUCCGCUGCUUCCUCGCUAAAGUCCAUGAGCUGGAGAGGAGAAACAAACUGCUGGAGAGCCAGCUGCAGCAAGCUCUGCAGAGACCGCAGUACCGACACCUUUACGCCCGUGAGGUCGCGGUGCAGACGGACGGUCCCGAGUCGAGACUGCCGGGAACCAUCUGGAGUUUCACCCACAUCCGGAGGCAAGGGGAGCGCCUCGAGACCCUGCACGGGCCCGGGGUGACGUGGACGCAUCCGGACGGAGUUGGGGUCCAAAUAGACACCAUAACCCCUGAGCUGAGGGCUCUGUAUAACGUGCUGGCCAAAGUCAAACGGGAGAGGGACGAGUACAAGAGAAAAUGGGAGGAGGAGCUGUCCAAACGGGAGCAGCUGGAGUCCACGGUGGAAUCCCUGCAGCAGAGAGCCCGGGAGUCAUCGGAGAUCCAGGAUGAGCUGAGCGAGAAGGUGGACAGACUGAAGGCUGAACUCGUAGUCUUCAAGAGCCUGAUGAGUGAUCAAAUGUCCGACCUGGACACCAAGAUUCAAGAGAAAGCCAGACGGGUGGACAUGGACAUCUGCAGGCGGAUUGACAUCACGGCCAAACUGUGCGACGUAGCUCAGCAACGCAACUCAGAAGACAUGACCAAGAUGUUCAACGUCAGUCCGGCCCGGUCGCUCCCAGAGAAGGGUGCCAUGGCCUGCUGCAGGAGGAAAGAGCGUAAAGCGGUGUCCGACGAGGAGAGCUCAGAAAUGGAUGCUGAGCCCAGCCCGUCAGAGGAAGAGGUCCCGGGGUCCCUCAACAUCACGGACGAAAUGAAACGAAUGCUCAACCAGCUACAUUGUUCAGAUAACUCCUUUGUUGCCAGGCGCGAGACAUUCGAAAUCGACGACGACUGCGACAGCCUGACGUGGGAGGAGAACGAGGAGACCCUGCUGCUGUGGGAGGACUUCACAAACUACAACGUGCCGUGCACCAUCACCGCAACCACCUGCACAUUCGCCGGCCCCUGCGACAGCAACGGUGACGCCGCUGAUCCGGACUCCCAGGAUGGAAGUCUUGGCAGCCUCAUUGACGAAACAGAGUCACUAUUUAAGACCAGAGAGCAGGAGUACCAGGAGACCAUCGGCCAGAUCGAGAUGGAACUGGCCACGGCAAAGAGCGACAUGAACCGACAUCUGCAUGAGUACAUGGAGAUGUGUAGCAUGAAGCGAGGCCUGGACGUGCAGAUGGAGACCUGCAGACGGAUGAUUAAAGGUGGCAGGAACUCUCCCUCUUUCAGCUCUGUGGCCAGCAGCGACUCAGGGAACACAGAUGAGAUCCAGGACGAGAUUUCAGACAAGGACGUAGAGCCGGAAGUCUCUGCUAGUUGAUGGCUAGCGUAGCCGGGCUUCGUCCCAUCUCCUCCUGACCGACCCCUUGUUAUCACAGGGGUUAAAUGUGUAUAGAGCUCCACCCUGUUAGAGAGGUGGACCAACUUAAAUCUGGUCCUGUUUAAAGUUCUGGUGGUCAUGCUCUCUGAUGCAGGCCCAGAACUGGUGCUUUUAUACGAUUUCCGUUGUAAGUGGUCGGGGGCGGGGCGGGGGGGUGUCUUUGCUUCACAAAGAGAAAAAAAGGGUGCAUAUAGAGUCCAAGCUGUGCUUUCUUCCUCACUGCUGCCUCGCUGGAUUCUUGUCCAGAGCUUCACAUCAUUUUUGGGGAGAGAAAAAGACGUUCUCAAAUGUUUUAAACUGGCUGAGAAGUGUUUUCUACAAAUUCUUACCCUAUUAAUGUCCUUUUUUUCUAAAGGAAUUGAAAAUAGUACAUAUUGUGCUUCUUGUUCGGUGAACAACAAAUACAUUACUCACAGAAGAUAAAAAUGCAUCUAUCUUUUAAAUUUUAAUAUUCAUUUUAGAUCGCAGAAAGUCAGCUUCCCUUGAUUGGAAUACUGUUUAUUUUUGUUUUGGUUUUUUAUUUAAGUCCAGGUGGGGUUAUUUGUGUCUUCUGCCAAGGAGACAAAACAAAAAAGUGGAGACAAAUGGUGUUGGAGUUCUGGUGGUUUCUGAGGGAACUCUGCAGGGUUGCCAAAGUUGACAGAGGAAAGGAGCACAGCCUUUUUGAUGCAUCAGUGCACUACUGAAGUUCUAUGCAAUUUAGCUGGCCUUAUUUUUCGGACUGGCUUUCACCCUUCAUCGUUCCUCUUAAAACCAAUACAAUUAGCCUUUUAAGCAAAGCAGGUGUUUUCUAUGUAUCAUUUUGACAAGCCUUUUUUUGUGCGUUUGAGUGUGAAAAAAUCUUAGUUAGUGUGGGACAUUUGUUUUUUUCCACGAGCAUCAAACAUUAAAACUGGAACAGCGCCCCCUAGACAAGGGAUUAAUAUCUUAAUUCAUGAUAAUAAUAGAGAUGCUACUUGCUACUGAAACAGGUAGAGCAUUGUUCUGAUUCAGACGUACUUUACUGGGGAAACAUUGUUCUCAUCUUGUGCAGUUUAUUUUGCGCACAUCAAGACAUAUCAUCAACAGCUAAAAUGCAUUCAUUUUUAUAAAAGAAAUCAAAUAAAUUAAAGUUAUCAAAGCCAAACAAGGCUCGGAAACCUCUUUAGCAAAACCAAAGGACACAUUUUUGAAAAGUUUCCCUUUCACGCUUUCACAUUCAUUCAUCAUUUUUAUUCAUUGUAUUUCUCUGUUAACGUGUGGUGGUGUUAAUGAGUUUAAACGGCCAGAGGUUAUUUCCUGCUGUCCUGUGGGGGACUCUGUUCCAGACAGGUGGCACAUCCUGCUUUGUCUCUUCUGAAUCGGGGUUACAAGUGUCGAGACUGUACAUAGAGGGCUGUAGGCAUGUGAUCGUAUACCCCAGAGGCCUUUUUGUUCGUAUUAGUCUUUUGCAACAGUUUCGAGAUGUCUCACAACUUUCGCUUUUCAGUGAUUCCACUGGAUUAGCGUAGAAACCGAUCGACGCAUGGGGACAGAAGUGAUCUUUUUAUCACCUCUUUGUAUUAUAAUGUAUGUACGGUUUGCUGGAUCAAAGAUCAAGUGCUACUUCUAUCUUGAAGAUUUACAGAAGCAGAAUGUUAAAAUACAGGCCUUUUGUUAUUUCAGCAUGUUUCCGUGGAGAAAAAGGAGCUAUGGGUCUUUUUUUAUGACAUUAUUUUUUUGAACUAAAUAGCUGCAAUGCAGACUGUGCGCUACGUUUUUAAUCAAAACAGUGUCUAUCCUAAUCAUUGAUUAAUUGUAUUUGUGGCAGAAAAUGUAUUUUUCACUGUUUUUAAUCAUUCUAUGUUAACCAAAAACAAGUGUGUUAUUGUUGCCAUAUUCAGCUUUUCUUAUAUUUUCAGAAAUAUUAAACUUGUUCCAGAUGUUUUGGUCAGUUAUUGACCAUAUCAGAUCACCCAUAACAACAACUAAUUGAUUAUAUCAGACAAGAGUGAGGAAGAGUUUUACUCGUGGAGAAAACGUCAUUUGCUUUUUUGUUUGAGUUGAUGUAAAACCAGCCUGUGAAGUAACAAAGAGCCAUUCUUUUACUGGUACUGUACUUUGUAGCGGUGACAUCAAACACAUUAUGUAUUGAUUGUAUGGCUGUAACAUCCAAAAACAGCAGGUCUAACAACAACAACACUACGCUGUCUGUCACAUCUCUCCGACCAUCACACUAACCAGCCAACCAAAGCAAACGUGUACAGUAACAUAACGACAAAAGAUGUAAAUCAAGCUAUGAAUCCUACUAACUCUGGAAAGUUGUGCAGUCUCAGUCUCAGUAUUUAUACAAGCCUACCACAGAUGUGUUAGUUUGCAGACUUUUGUUUUCCAGAACCAUUAAUUCACGCAAACUAUUGGACAUUCAGUGUAUUAUCUCCACUCUCACAUCACUUGAAGCAGGUCAAAUUCCAGUUGUAUCAGUUGAAAAAAUACCGUAGCAACCCUCCUCAUUGAAUGUAGCUUGACUGGGGGCAUCUUCUCUAAAGACCUUACGAGUAAAAGCUGAGCAAAAAAAAUAUGUAGCUGUUUAAAAUCCAGGGAUAUAUGGUGUUACUUAAUGGAGACCUUGGUAUGUUUUGCUUUACUAAACGGGUUCCUACCUGAUAACUUACAGUGCGUGACCUAGGUGUAUGUUAAUUAGGUCCUGGUGGAUGUGAAUGUUUCAUACUAAAAAAGGGUUUUAUACGAGUGGUUUUUAUCAGUGUUGCACUGGGAUUAUAUGGUUGUGUUAACUGUCAUGUCAACACACGGUUUUACAUGUUCACUCGCGUACCUGAUUUGCUGCCAUUAUCGCCUUCACUUUUGAUUGCAUAAACAUGACGGGGAAAUAAAAAGGUGCAGCAAUACUUGUGGCCAUAUUUGGGUAAAAGCUACUGACGUGUAUCAGAUACUGGUCUUUGUUUUUCACUUGCAUCACAGGUGCCAUCCUGUUGAUCCAUUUUUAAGUGGUUGGUUAAUUUAAUGGCUUUUCUUUCUUAUAUUUUCUUUUGUUUAAACUAUUGAUACAGUGUAUUCAUGUGGGUCUGGGGCAGAUUGUUUCAAAAUUAUGAAUGUACUCAAUUGAUAUUGGGGGAAAAUGAAAUAAAAUGGUGGAUUGGAUAAAAA